AUGGGUAUUCUUGUGGCCAUUGCAGUGUUAUCGCCAUUUCCAUUCUACUAUUACCUCUGGAAUUGGCCUCAAUCAUGGGUAGACCUAUGCGGUAAAGGAAGAGACCCUUCAAAGAUUAUGGCUUACGUUUCUCAUUUCUUGAAGCUGAUUCAGUUCAUUGCGCUCUUUUCUGUCUCUUCUUUUCAUUGGCCUCCUUUUUACUUCUGGCCCCUUUUUGCAUUUGGACAGUUUCUUAACUUCAGGGUUUAUCAGCUGCUUGGUGAAGCCGGGACAUACUAUGGUGUACGCUUUGGAAAAACGAUUCCGUGGGUAACCGAAUUCCCUUUCGGGGUCAUCAGUGAUCCUCAAUAUGUUGGCAGCAUCUUGAGUCUUGUUGCAUGCCUUUCAUGGGUUCCUUAUCAGUACAUUCUCCUGUGGAUUUUAGGAUACGUGUUUAUGAUUCGCGUUGAAUCAAAGGAAGAUCAAUCUACUCGUGCGAAGCCGCUUAAUUGA